GUUCGUUAUCAGUAAUCAAUAAUUAUCGGCUUCAUGAACACCGAGUCAGUGGCUAACAUUACCUCCACAGAUAUAAAAGAAAACUUAGCGAUCUCAGACUCGGCCGGCAGCUCAUUGUGAUCGGUCCUUUGACCUGGAAAAUUAGAUAGAAGUACAUGCAAGGCGGUGAGGACCUGUAGUUCUGUGCAGCUGGAAGCAUCACCAGCCUAUCGCAGCCUUAUCUUCAGAUUACUCAUUACAUGUCGCCAGUCCAUCACAGUGUGUUGCUCAAGUUCUUCAAAGAUACAACAAGCAUGUCGGAGAAAAAAGAAGGAAUAGAGUCGAGGGUGCCGAAAGAACAAGAGAUGCGAGGAGAUAAGGAGAUCCGGGAGGAGAUCGCUAGAGCUGGUGAGGUGGAGAUGAAACACUUCAGUCAGGAGCCGGUGAUCCAGGUGACGAGAGAGGAAUCCUCCUUCGUGAAGGGAGAUCUGAAGGUGGAGAAGCUGGUGGUCACAGAGGACAUCGCGAAUCGAACAACAACCAAACACAUUGUGACUGUGACGGAAUCCGGUGAAGCGAAUGAGGAGCAAACUGAAAUAUACAGCGAAAUGACGGCAAGGAAAACCGAGCGUGAUGACCAGAGGCGAGAAGGUUUCCAGAGAACCGUGCACAGAGUGACGAGGAUACCACAACUUAAAUUUAAACACACGGUCGAUAAGAUAAAGAAGCAAGAGGAAAUGAUAAAGCAAGGGAGAGAUGAGGCGAGCCUUGCACUUCGAGUGGCAGAGGUUGUACAGGAAACAAAGAAUGGCAGAUCCCAUUUACAACAAAUUGAUAAGGUGCAGUCUCCAGAUAUGGAAGAUGAAUUUGAUAGAAUAUAUGACGAAAUAUGCGACGGUCCACCAUCAGGGAACUUCCCGACACCUGGAAAAAAAGACGACUCGGACGGAUUAGACGACAAAUUUGAAGAAAUUAUGAACAAUUACGAUAAGGUCGAAGAACAGAAAGAGCAGGCGGGUUCAGGAACAGUCAGAAGCAAAAUACCUUUGUUGAAACGUAAAAGUGAACAAGACAUAGACGUCACUAAAUCUACUUUGAGAAAAAAUUCCCUUAAGACAUCAAGUUCUGUUGAUGACACGAAGCAUUUUAUACGUAAGUUACCAGAACCAGUCACCACAGAAAGAAGAAAACAAGAAGAAUCCAUCGAGGGUAAUACUGUGACGUCUUUAAAUAGCGAUACCUGGGUUCAGUCUGAGACCGUGUCGGUCAAGAAAUUUGCUUCAACAAAAAAAGUCACAAGCGCCUCAGAAACAAUAUCCAUACAACAAAGUCUAGAACAGGCCUGUGACACAGAAAAUGAUUUGAUAACACAUCGAUAUAUUACAGGAAGCAGAAUUCCAAAGCAUUUUAAAAAUAUGAACGGGAGAGAGAAAAAAAAUGAGGACAACAAAACAAAUAGAAGUGAAACGAAAGAGAUCAAAACAACGACCAUUAAAGAUUACACGAUAACGUUGAACAUAAAAGACAGAAUAUCUAAGGUUGAAACAAAACCGAAUAUUAUAGAAAAUAUUAAAAUACUUGAGAAUAACAACGAGAUCACUCAAAAAGACUUUCAACAAACAGAAGCUGAAGAACAUUCACACACUGUCAAUACACAGCCAGCAACAAGCAAAGUAGAAGCGACCUCACCGACUAUAAUGACUACUAAUAAAGAAGAUAGUAAUGAGGUCGUUUCAAACAAAUAUUUCAGAGAUUUAGACACAAAAAGAUCUCAAGAGAAAGAUUCGAAUAAUACGAUAGUAGAGGAACCAUCCAACAAGAACAGAAACAACAACGAAACGACAUCCGUCUCUCCUCACGAGUGCCACAGAGACAACACGUUAGAAAUAAGACAUGACACCACUGACAUACAAGAUGAUGACCAAGUCAAAGAGGCGGUUAAUGUCGUCACGUUAGAAUUUCCAAAUCCUUUGAUUUCUGCGUCUAAAAGUUUUUCAAACGAUUGUCAUAGAAGUGUUUCGAGAACCAUCUCUAAAGAAACAACAGAUAUAAAAUAUGUAGGUGAAGAAAAGGUCAAGUUAUGUGAUAAAAAUGUUGUAAAAGUAAUUAAUGAAAGAACAGAACAAAACCACAAGGAGACAGAAGACAGAGAAGAUAAGAGAGUUGGAAACAACAUUAAUCAAGAAAACUACUCCGCUGGUAAAGAAUUUAACAUCGAGACGAAAAAAGAAUUCCAACAGAGAGAUAUCACAGGCAAUAAAGAGUAUAUAGUAUCAAAACUUAAAAAUAAUGAAGAGAAAAUAGAGAAAGAGUCACAGAGAAACAUCACGACCCAUGAACAGACAGAAAAAGAAAUAAACAUGGAAGAAAAAAAUAGAGAAUUUUAUAUCGAAAAGUUACAAAACAUGAAUCCAGAGAAGUUAGAGGAGCUAGAGGAAGAAGACAUCAUUUUAUUAAAGGGGAAAGUUAAGAGAGUCAUGAAAAGACUGAAUUCCAAAGAGUUCAGGAAGAGACAAACAGAGACUGGAGACCUGCCGACAGACGUGUCUGUGAUUAAUAAGAUAGCGUUGUUUGAACAAUCCAAAGAUUGUUUGCGAAGAGACGGUUUAGAAGAAGAAGAUAAAAAAGACAAAAUACAUUCAACCAAACCAAAGAUAGUCGACGAAGUACUGAAGGCAGAGGACCCCGAGGCUAACGAAGACGAGAGGAGUAAGAGAAAUGAUUCAGUAAGAGAAGAGUCCACCUUCAGUUACAACGCGUUCCUCAACUACAAGAAUACUAUUAAGAGAGAAAUUAGUGUUCAGGAGAAUAAAGCGACAGGACGCGGGGCUAAGACAGAGUGCCAUGAAAUAUACGAGUAUAAGAUAAACCUGAACAACUUCACGGACGAUAAGAAAAAUAUACUGCAGAAGAUAGAAGCGGCCGCGCUGAAAGGUAACGAGAGCAAAGAUAUCUUAAAGGAAUACAAGAUAAACAAAGAAAAAGAUUCAGAGACGAAGCGAGCGAAGGCUGAGGCCGAAGUCAACUACCAGGGGGUCCGAGGGAGAGUCAGAGAGAUGGUGAUGAGGAUGAACUCCACAGACAGGAUGGCGCUGGAGAGAAGAGAAGGAGACAGGAGGAGACGGAGGCAGGGCGCGGUGGCGGAGGCUAUAGCGCUGUUUGAGAAAAAGGUCCCAGCUGCGCGUCAGGAGUCUGUCGCUAACGCGAGCUCUCUAGCGAAGAAAGACGAGGUGACGGUCCAGACAACGGAAGAGGAACUGCUCCAGAAGAUCGCGGAGCUGGAGCAAGCUGAGGAGAAGUAUGGCUCGUACGAGAACAUGACGUACGUCGAGCUCAGUGACGGCGCCAGGAUGCCGACCCUGGCUGUAGGGACAGCUCUGCUGGAGAAUGGUCUCAUCAAACCCAUCAUAAAAGCAGCAAUAGCUCUCGGCUACCGAGCUAUAGACAGCGCCUUCGUGUACGGUAACGAGCGCGCGGUCGGCGAAGCCAUCAGAGAGAAGAUACAAGACGGAACCGUGAGACGCGAGGAUCUCUUCAUCAUUUCCAAGUUGUGGAGCACGAGCCACCGCCGCGACCUGGUGCCCAGCGCCUGCCGACAGUCUCUGGACGCGAUGGGGCUGGACUACUUCGACCUCUACCUCAUACACAACCCCAUGUCCUUCAAGGAGGGCGCCAAUCUUCUACCGAAAAUCGCGAACGUCCUGCAAUACUCCGACCACGACUACCUCGAUGCCUGGUUCGGUGUGGAGAGCUGCAUCAAGCAGGGCCUCGUCAAGAGGGGAGGGGUCAGCAACUUCAACUCUGUCCAGGUCCAGAGAGUUCUGGAUAAAGGGAGGAUCAGGCCGGUCAUUAACCAGGUGGAGUGUCAUCCGUAUCUGAGUCAAACUCGUCUCCACGACUACUUGGUGCCCCGCGGCGUAUCUCUCAGUUGUUACGGCGUCUUGGGGUCGUCGGGGACCCCGCGUCACCUGCGCUCCCCGCUCCCCCCCGUCAUCAACGACCCCCUCGUCAGGACCAUGGCCGCCGGGCUUGGGGUGACUCCGGCGCAGUUGCUUAUUAGCUACCAGGUCCACAUGUGUCACCACGUGGUGGUGAAGGCGUCCAGCGCUGGUCACCUCCGCGACAACCUGCUGUCACUGGAGCUGCAGCUGGAGCCGGCCCACGUGGCCGCGCUCUCCGCCCUCAACAGGAACAAAAGGACCUUCACCUUCCAGGGGAUGGGAGACACGCACAAGAACUAUCCCUUCAAGAUACCUUUCUGAGAGAGUCUCGUUUGCCAAUUUUUUACUUUCACACUUUUUUUUCUGUUUUUUUAGACAUUUUCAUAAUUAUUUGUCUUGUUUAGAAUAAGUUUCCUUUUCAUAUUUCUUUUCGACUACGUGUCGUGUGUACUUUAUUAUGCGUGUGUUUUUACCGAUUACGAUGUUAUUAAGUUUGCCAUAUUCUAAUAUUUAGUUUUGUAAUUAGUAACAGAACAGUUACGUUACGUUACGUUUCUGUUGUGGCAUUUAUUUUGUAUUUCUACGACUGAUUUUAUUUCAAAGUAUGUUUUUUAUAAACGAUGACAUUCUGCUCGUGUUUAGGAAUAAGGUGAUAAUAAAAUCUUUUUAUAUGUGUUUUGAAUUUAACAAAAAUAAAUAAAUUUCAUGAGUUUCGUAAACUAACUGCGUUUCUGUC